CCCCCUCACCACCGCCCUCCCGCUCACCUCCCCGCGCUUCAAACUCACGGUCCUGGGCUCCCCGAGCCCCGAAAUCACGGCCCUCAACGCCCAAGGCGCCGACCGGGCCGCGCGCGACCGCCUCCGCCGCACCACCCACGCCCAGUACGCCGCGACCGCCACCCCGGCCGCCGUCGCCUCCUCCCUCUCGCGCAUCCACACCCUCUCGUCCGGCAGUGCGGACCCGCAGCAGCAAUACACCUUCCACCGACUCCUCCCGCUCGCGCACCUCCCCCACCCACAGCGCAGCCACGACUUCCUCGCGCGCCUCCGCGACGACCCCGGCAUCCGGUCGGCGAUGCGCCGGCACAAAUUCUCCGUGCCCCUGCUCACGGAGAUGGACCCCGUCGAGCACACGACGGCCCACUCGCGGACCCUGGGGCUCAACCGGAACAAAGGCGAGGUCAUCGAGCUGCGGCUCCGCACGGACGCCUACGACGGGUACCGCGAUUAUCGCACGAUCCGCAAGACGCUGUGCCAUGAGCUGGCGCACUGUGUGCACAGUGACCAUGAUCGGUUGUUUUGGGAGCUGACCGGCCAGAUUGAGCGCGAAGUCGAGAGGGGGGACUAUACGAGGAGUGGGCGGGUGCUGGGCGCGAAUAGUAGGGGUGCAGGGGGAGGGGGGGUGGUGGAUGAGUUCUAUAAUCCCGGGGAGUGGGAGGAGGUGCAGCGGGAUGGAUUGGUGGUUGAUGAGAAGGGGUGGACGGGGGGGAGCUUUGUCUUGGGGGCGGAGGGGGGGUCUGAAGGUGAAGGGGGGAGGAGUAUGAGGGAGAUUCUGGCCAAAGCGGCGGAAGAGAGAAUGAAGAGGGAGAGGGAGAGAGAUGGGAAAUAG